UCUAUAAACGUAUUGUGUAUUUACAUUAUUCCGUCGACUCCACGUCACGAAACCAUUUUUUAAAUAAAAUAAUACCAAUUGACUUGUACAACUCGUAAAUAGACUAGUUAUUGUGGUUUUAAGUAUAGGCUAGAAGUAGCAUCGAAAAUGAGCCGACAAUCAAAUGAAGUUGAUGAACUAUUUGAUGUGAAAAAUUCCUUCUACAUUGGCAACUAUCAACAUUGUAUUAAUGAGGCUCAAAAGAUCUCCAAACCAUCGCUUGAGAAAGACACAUUCCUUUAUCGGGCUUACAUUGCCCAGCACAAGUACCGGGUGGUCCUCGAUGGAAUUCGAUCGAAUAGCGACAAUCCCUUGCUGGCCUUGCGUUAUUUGGCCGAGUAUUUGUCGGAUAAAUCUCGCCGAGAAGCAAUUGUUAGUUCGUUCGAUGACAAAUUCAAAGGAGAUAUCAGUGAACUGGAUGUAACAUGGAUCAUUGCUGGUUCCAUCGUUUACUGUCACGAGGGAACCUACGAGUCGGCGUUGAAGAUCCUCCACGGAAACUUUCAUCUGGAAUGCUUAUCGCUGCAGUUACAGUGUUUGCUACAUAUGUCGCGAGUGGAUCUAGCUAAGCAGGUACUCCAGACCAUGCAAGAGAAAGACGAUGACGCAACUUUAACGCAACUGUCACAGGCCUGGUUGAACAUUCAAAUCGGUGGUGAAAAGCUCCAGGAUGCAUUCUUCAUCUUUCAAGACUUCUGCGAUAAAUUUUCUCCAUCACUGUUGCUGCUGAACGGUCAAGCAGUUUGCUACAUUGGUCAGCAAAAGUACGAUGAUGCGGAAAAUGUUCUACUGGAAUGUUUGAAUCGGGAUCCGAACAAUUACGAUACGUUGAUUAAUCUUCUCUUGCUGUCACAGCAAAAGGAAAAGAAUAACAGCCAAUUCAAUCGGUAUCUCUCCCAGGUGUUGGAUCAGCAUAAGGAGAGUACUUUGAUGGCUACCUAUAACAAGAAACAGGCGGAAUUCGAUAGGCUAGUGCUGCAGUAUGGACCGUCGAAUAAUAAAUUUGUGCAAGAUAUCGUUGUCUGAAGGGACAUGCAUUGCAAACAUGGUAUUAGUGUAUAAGGUUACGAACCGAAAUAUAAAAUUAUGAACAACACAUUAAAA